UGGUUGCUGUCAACAAAAGAGAAAACGCUGUGAGCACUGCAUGGCCCCUAAAAAUGACGUUUGAAGAAAGAAGUCUUCUCAUUUUGUACGGCAGCCAGACUGGAACUGCUCAAGAAGUUGCUGAGCAAAUUUGGCGAGAUGGAAAAAGACGCAAUUGGCAUGGUCCUGUUAAGGCCAUGGAUGAGAUCGAGCCAGUUGAACUCCUUCGACAAAAAGUUUGCAUUUUCGUUUGCUCAACGACCGGACAGGGAGAAGAGCCGGACAACAUGAAGAUGUUUUGGAAGUUUCUUUUGCAACGCAGUUUGCCACCAACAUCUCUAACACAAUUGAAGUACGCAGUCCUAGGACUCGGAGACUCUUCAUACGCCAAAUUCAACUUUGUGGCCAAAAGACUGAACAAGAGACUGGCCCAGUUGGGUGGAGAUUCAAUUCUGGCUGUCGGCCUUGGAGAUGACCAGCAUGAACUUGGCCCAGACGCUGUGGUUGGGCCAUGGACCAAAACGCUGUGGGAUGCACUAGAUAAAAUUCACCCCCUCGAUGGAAAGAGUGAAUUCAAUCCGUUUGAGAUGCGUCCGCUGCGAUACAAAAUUAAAAUUACCAAAAAGGAGGAUGCAGCUCCCAUCAGUGAGAAGCCCAGCCUGGAGAAAUCCACAAUUUUAAAAGCAACCCUUGAAGAAAAUAAGCGAACAACAAGUCCUAGUCAUUAUCAAGAUGUCCGGCUACUGAAAAUUUCUGUGCCUGGAAUUCAAUACAAACCUGGAGAUGUUUUGAUGGUGCAACCCAAAAAUCUUAAAGAAAACGUCCAACGCCUUUUGGAAAUUUUUAAUCUUUGCGGACAAGAUGUCAUCGAGUUGCACCAAACAGAUGACAAAUUUCCAAUUGCUUUGCCUCCAAGUUGGAUGUGUCCGAAUCCGUGCACAGUUGCUGACUGUGUGCAGAACCUUCUUGACUUGCAGGCCAUUCCUCAAAGGUACUGCCUUCAGUUAAUGGCCCACUUUACAACAAGUGAGCUGGAAAAGGAGCGGCUGCUCGAAUUCUGCACUCCGGAGGGCCAACAAGAUUUGUACAGCUACGCCCACCGACCAAAACGAGGUACUUUGGAGGUGCUGGAGGAUUUUCCGCACGCCCUGGCAGCCCUUCCAGUUGAAUAUCUCUUUGACAUAUUCAAGGUCAUUAGACCCAGAGCUUUCUCUAUUGCUUCUGCUCUUGAGAUGCACCCAAAUACGGCCGAAUUGUUAGUGGCUGUGGUCAAUUACCGCACUAUGCUCAAAACUGCAAGACUGGGCCUUUGUUCGAACUGGAUGGCAAGAUUGGAACCCUCGUCGGAGUUGUCCGUCUGGGUUAAAACAGGCUCAUUUAAAUUUCCUUCCACCGUUGAAACUCCAAUAAUUUGUGUUGGUCCCGGAACUGGCUGUGCACCCUUUCGCAGUCUCAUCCAGCAAAGAGCUGCACUUAACCCUGAUAACAAAGGCAAAAUUGUCCUAUUUUUCGGAUGUCGAAACAAGGAGGGAGACUUUCACUGUGCUGAGGAAUGGAAGAAAUAUGAUGCGUCUGGAAUUAUCAAGCUGUGUUGUGCUUUUUCCCAGGACCAGUCUCAUAAAAUAUAUGUGCAGCAUAAAAUGCUGGAGGAGUCUUCUCAUAUAUGGGACCUGCUGAGCAAAGGCGGUGCUCACUUUUUUGUUGCUGGAAAUUCAAAAAAUAUGCCCAAAAGUGUCAGAGAUGCCGUAGUUGAAAUUGGCCAGAAAGAAGGUGGUUUGUCCCUUGAGGAGGCUGAAGCAUUUGUGUCAAAUUUAGAAAAAUCGGGUCGAUACCAGACAGAGACGUGGGCUUAAAACGAAUAUAGUUUAAUAAAAUUAAGUCGUUUUAAAUUAUAAUUAAAACACCUCUUUAACUUUUUGUUUUUGAAUAAAUGUAAGUUUCCAAUAAGCUAAUAUAAAUAUAAAAAAAAAAAUUAAAAAAAAAAUCGCGCUUCAGGGAGUGCAAGACUU